CUAGAAAAGGUUAAUCACUAGCUAGAUGCCUCUAACUCCCUAGUAAAUCCCCCCAAACUCCACUACAACUCCACAACUCUCUAUGUCAUCGACUCAACUCUCUCAAUAAUUUUCCUUCAUCUCAAAUCUCAAAACUCGACAUCAUCCCAAUAUCUUCAAUCUUUCUACCCCAUUUUCCCCUUCUUUUCUUUCCUUCAUAUUGGUUCUUUUCGGGGGGGGUUGGAAAAUACAUAAUGUUCUUUUAAUUGGUAACCUGUACUACAAAAAUUAUACGGCUUCCCACCUACCGUAUGGUCUCGCGGGUAAUCGCAUAAAAUACCUACCAACGGUUUUGAAAAGCCUUUCAGUGCAUUACACUUUUCAUCAAAUUCUCCGACACAUUAGGGGCUCCCGCAUUCACCAUGGCACAGCAAUCUUCUUCGCCUGCUGAUUCUCUCGCAGCCAUUGCAACUCUCACGGAUGAAAUAACCCUUCAGCAAGUUUAUCUAGUUUCCUUGAACGAUUCCUCGGGAGAUCAAUCAUCGCGCAGAGCAGAAAUCGAGGCUGAGAUUGUCAUUCUGAAAAAGGAACUUUCCACCCUUCAAGCUUCCUCCUCCCACGCUCAAGCUUCUUCUACUUCUCACAAUAACUCCUACAUACGACCAUCCGAUAUAGCUCGUUCGAAGAUGAAUAGCGCGGUCGGGCGAGGAAGCAAUGCUGGCUAUCAAUUCAAAGAAGAAGGCGAGUCAAUGGGAUCAUUAUCCUCCACAGCUUCGACACCUGGUUCUGGAGCCUCGAUGAUUGGUUCUGGCUCACAUCGAGCUGACCUCCCCACUCGAAAGCGUACUCUUAGCAAACAUUUAGAUACGGUUGUCCCUUUCGAAGAAAUCAAAUCUCGACGAACAACACCGAGUCCUUUUGCGACAGGUGUAACAACUCCUUCGGGAAGCUCAGGGUAUGGUUAUAAUGCAAAUGGUGAUGGAUACUUUGACCUCACUAUGGAUGAUGAUAUAAUAAUGUUCGAUCCCACCUUUACCGAACACCAGAAGCAGGAAGAACAAAAAUUUCAAAUGGAGAGGCAAGAUGCAGAGUUUGCUAGUAGCCUUGCAAACUCAAAUAGCCCCGUCUCAAACACGCCGAUCGCUAGCUCAAAGCCUUCCGCUUUCAAUAGGCUGUUCGGAGGUCACUCGGGAAGUCUCUCACAAGCUUCCACCUCUCGCGACAUCCAAGCUGCCAAGUCCUCCGCGAUGUCAAACACUUUCGACACUCAUAAUAACAGUUCCUCAGGUAGAAGUCUUCCGUGGAAAAGGGGUUCAAGUUCUAGUCUCAAGGCCGAACCACGAGCAUUGCCUUAUGUUCAACCUUCAUCUUCAGGGUUUUUUGGCUGGGGUUCUGGUGGUACUACAAUCAAUGCCGAGCCACGAACAUCGUCUUAUGCUCAACCUUCACCUCCAGGUUUCGCUGGCUGGGGCUCUCGUGGUACUACAGGUAUGCACCAAGAACUGUCUUUUACUGCUACGAACUCCAAUCUUAUGCCAUUUCCAGAAUCGAGGAUGCCUGGUACCUACAUUGAUGAUGCGGCUAGUGAUUCAUCGCUUGAAAUCAUCGAACCUUCCGCUUUCAAGGAUAAUGGUCGUCAGAAAGCCACAACUUCGAGGACUACCAAUUAUUAUGGUCAGCCAGGUCCAGUUUAUUCAUCAGAAACCCGCGCUUUGGGAGAUACUGCUAUUAGCCGUUCAAACACCAGCUUACAGGGUGUUUCUGCUUUACCUAACUGGGCAAAAAACUCUCCAAAUGUAAUGGAAAAUCCAAGUGCAAAUAUCAGUGAUACCUCGGCUUGGAUGUCAGGAAAUCAUGCCCAUGGAAUGAAUCUUGAAAAUCGAGUAGGAGAGCAGAAUAUUUAUUCACCACUGUGGGAGAGGGAUCAACCAUUUAGUUCCUACAAUGGAUUGAACGCUGACUAUAAAGAUUUUCCCAUGAAUGGCACACCUUCUGCCAUGACUUACAAUAGCACAGAUCCUUCUGGUGCAUACCCAUUCGGUUACUCCAAUUCCACAAUGCCUCUGACUGUUCCAGGAUCAAUAACUGGAGGUAUGCAUUCUUCACAUCCCAAAAACAGUAUGCAUGGGCCAGACCCGGCUUUCAACAUUGAAUCUAUGCCAGAACACGGCAUGGGUUCAACUAAUUUUAAUUCCUUGGGAGGCGCGCUUAGUAAUAGGGGCAAUCUUUUAGACGUUGAAUCGAACCUUGGCUUCUUAUCUCCCUCCUUCGCGUAUACCCCUCAGAUGACGGAACGAAUGGAACACGUCAUCAAUGAUCCUAGAAAAACUGAAAAAGAGAUCAAAGACCUGUUGGAGAAUAUUAAAGCUGAGAUUGAGAUUCCGUUAGAAGACCGAGAGGGAACACCUGAAGGAUUGAGAUAUCCGUUGUAUGAGCACCAAAAAAUUGCUCUAACAUGGUUGAAACAAAUGGAGGAGGGCAGUAACAAGGGGGGUAUCUUAGCCGACGAUAUGGGUCUAGGCAAGACAAUCAGUACUUUGUCACUCAUUCUAUCACGACCAUCAACCGACCGUACGUGCAAGACUACGCUUAUAGUUGCGCCUGUUGCCCUUCUUCGCCAGUGGAAUAGCGAAAUAGUUUCGAAGACAUUGCCGUCGCAUAAACCCAGUGUCUACAUGGCUCAUGGAAACAGCAAGAGAUCUACUUGGGAUGAUCUCCGACAAUAUGAUGUAGUCCUCACAACUUACGGGACUUUGGCUGCGGAGUAUAAUCGACUUAUCAAAUUCGAAGAAGAGAGCAGACAAAACGGUAUCACGGAUCCUGAUCCAAAACAGAUGGCCAAGGAUUUCCCGCUUUUAGGCCCUAAGAGCAGAUUCUAUCGUGUGAUUCUUGACGAAGCACAAAGCAUCAAGAACAAAGCCACCAAAUCAGCCGCUUCGGCCUGUAAACUAAGAGCGCUGACUAGGUUUUGCCUUACCGGCACACCGAUGAUGAACAACAUUACCGAGCUUUAUUCGUUGAUUAAGUUUCUGCGCAUUCGACCUUACAGCAACUGGUCUGCCUUUACAAAGGAUUUCGGCUGUCUCUCUAAAGGAGGUUCAUCACACACAGAGGAAUUUCUCAGAAAGACCAUGCAACGUCUGCAAGGUGUUCUGAAGGCCAUUCUCCUCCGUCGGACGAAGCAAUCUAAAAUUGAUGGAAAGCCGAUUAUCAACUUACCACCAAAGUAUGAACAUAUUGAUCAUGUUGUUUUUAGCAAAGAUGAGCAGGAAUUUUAUCAAGCUCUUAAGGAUAAGACUCAACUUCAAUUCAACAGGUACAGGAAGGCUGGAACUGUUGGGAAGAAUUACUCGAAUAUCCUUGUCUUGCUACUUCGUCUUAGACAAUGUUGUUGCCAUCCGCAUCUGAUUAUUGAUCUUGAAGAAGCCGCAGCGGGCUCGGCAGAGCUCACAGAGGAACAGAUGAUUGAUCGCGCAUUGGCCCUGGAACCAGAUGUUGUCUCAAGACUACUUGCUGCAGAUGGAGGGUUCGAAUGUAACAUCUGCUACGAUGCAACUCCAAAUCCCAGUAUCAUCAUCCCUUGCGGACACGAUAAUUGUCACGAUUGUUUGAUGGCAUUAUCCGAACAGGCCAAGCUGGCAGCGCGAGGCGAUGAUGAUGGUGCCACGGCCCUCAAAUGUCCAAGUUGUCGUGGAAAGCUCGACAUGGCGAAUCUUAUCGACUACAGAACUUUCAAGAAGACACACAUGCCAUCGCCGAAAGUCAAGGAGGAAGAGAUUGUCGACGAUGCCGUCGAAAGUAGUGAUGACAGUAACAGCGACACCGAAUCCGAAUCCGACUCUGAUACCAUAUCUGAUGAUGUUGACGAGAAUGGAAAUUUAGACGGUUUCGUAGUCCCUGAUGAGAUCGAGGAUGAUGAGGCUGAGGCUGAGCAAGGUGACGAUGAAAUUAAUUUAGCAUCGAAGGUUCCUAAAUCUAAGUCAAAGUCAAAAUCUAAGACAAAGGCGAAGAAAAACAAGGGCAAAGGGAGGGAGGUUGAAAAGCAGAAGCAACAUCUUUCAAUUGCCAUGAUGAAGAAAGAGGCAUCUAGAUCUAUUGCGGGUCAUAAGAAGUACAUGAGAUAUCUGCGAAAGAAUUGGCAAUCAUCUGGAAAAGCCGAUAAGUGCGUCGAACUUCUUGAGAAAUUUCAAAACGAAGGUGAAAAGACAAUCAUCUUCAGUCAGUUUGUGACAUUCCUCGAUCUCCUCCAGGUGCCCAUCGGAGAGAAGGGUUGGAAAUGCGAGCGCUACGAUGGAAGUCUCAAUUCCAAACGUCGAGACGAGGCAAUCAAGCGAUUCCAGGACAAAUCGGAUUGCAAUAUCAUGCUCAUUUCUCUCAAGGCCGGUAAUGCAGGACUCAACCUGACCGCAGCCUCUCGAGUUAUUAUCCUCGACCCAUUCUGGAAUCCAUUCAUCGAGAUGCAAGCAGUCGAUCGUGCUUAUCGCAUUGGUCAGAUGAAAAUAGUUCAGGUUCAUCGCAUUUUAGUACAAGAAACAGUUGAAGAUCGCAUCAUGCAGUUACAAGAACAGAAAAAGAGCUUGGUAGAGUCCGCACUUGACGAAGGUGCUAUGAAGAGCGUAGGGAGACUUGACGAGAAGCAACUGGCUUUUCUUUUCGGUGUCUGAGACAUUUGAACAUGUUUUCCUUGACUCUCAUACGUGCUCAAUUGCUUUUUUGAAAUGGGUUGUAUAAUCAUUAUGAGGCGUUUUGGGGAACUCAUGAUUACGAUUUGGCUGGUCCUAUUUCUUUCUUUGCACACAUUGGCAUGACAAGCAGAAUAAAACAUGGCGAAAUUUUGGGCUGGGUUUGAACGAAAUGGUAUGGGAUGGGGUAGAUAGUCUUGUGCAUUGCAAGGGGGAAAAUAUGGUCUGGAAUUCUCUUUUUGUUUGCUCGCUUUCGUCGGAUCUUGAUACCCUAUCACCAUGGCGUUUUUUCAUAUGGUCUGAUGGAUGGAUUUACGAUGUAUUACGAGCGGUGGAAAAUGAAUUCAGCAUGUUCUAUCUUUCACAUCAUCUGUGAUCUUUUUAGUUUCUUUAAGUCUGUUAGGGGAGUUGUUAAUGAAGUGCGUAAAAUUAUUGAGGUUGGGAUUGGGAUUGGGAUUGGGAUUGGUGUGGUUGAGAGCUGGAGGGUAGAACUCUAAGAAUCUGGAGAUGAGGUGCCAGAUGAAGGGAUGAGCAAAAUGCAUAGAUGGCUGUUUUAGAUUCUGGCGAGGAGUGGAUGGAGAAAAGAAGAGAGAUACGAUACGAUACAGUACAAUUCAUACAAAUAGUCACGCACAUACUACCGUGGUAUGUCACAGCGAUAAUAAAUAUAAUUAGAUGACGCAGGGAUUUCGUUCUCUUGUCGGCUCUCGUCUCGAUUCGACGGGCCAAACCUUUAGGUAGCAAUCAAGAUCAGAUCAUACC